AUGACUUGGUCCAAACCAACCCUCAUCUUCGCGCAUGGCGCAUGGCAUCAGGCCGACUGUUUCACGCAGACCAUCACAGCACUAGAGCAAGAAGGUUAUCACUGCAUUGCCCCUCAGCUUCAAAUGAGCGGCACACCCGAGCCUGUUUCUUCCUUAGCCAGCACUGUUAGCCAGGUUCAAGAUAUUAUCGUGGCCGAGACCACCAAAGGCAACGACGUGAUCAUGGUCAACCACUCCUUUGGCGGCAUCGUGGGCUGCAGCGCUGUGAAGGGAUUCACCGCGAAGGACUCGUCGAAACUAGGCUCAGCUAAGGGGCAAGUUGUGGGUAUCAUUGAACUCUGUGCCUUUAUGGUCCCAUCGAAUGUAUCCCUUCGCGACCUGGUUGCAAGCGGACCCUCUCCGUUUCGCACUCAUACCUCUCCAGAAGGGUGGGAGAUCAUUGACGAAGACACAAUCGACCUGUUCUACAACGACUUGCCGGUUGAGAAGGCUAAGCAUUGGCAAAGCCGUCUUGUGAAUCAUUCAGCGGCGACCUUCAGUGAUAGUGAUAGUAUCUAUGCUGGGUGGGCUGAUGUUCCGGUCUGGUAUCUUCACUGUACGACGGAUAAUGCAAUGAAUAUUCAGGCACAGGAGGCGAUGGUUGCAGGCGCAAAGCAAGCUGGCGCUUCGGUUACGACCAAGACACUGCAGGCGGGGCAUAGUCCUUUCUUGAGCAAGGUGGAUGAGACGGUGGAGUUUAUUCGUGAAGCUUGUGAGGCUCUCGCUUAA